AGCUAGUUACGGUAACAAUAUUUCUCCAAACGCCACCUUUUGAGUUUUGUGCCUCCGCCGUUCCUCACUACAACCUCGUGUGUUAUUUUUCUCUUUGUCAUUUUGUUGGUACUCAUCGACUGGUCGUCACCUUCUUCUUCCUUCUCCUCUCUCUAUCCCCCUUUCUCUCUCCUCUCUCUUCCUCCGUCGCGGCAACUAUGGCCAACGGUCCAGGUCUCUUCUCCGACAUCGGAAAGCGUCCCAAAGAUCUUCUUACGAGGGAUUACGUCUCAGAUCAGAAGUUUUCAGUUUCAUCAUUCAGCGUCAAUGGCGUGGCAUUCACCUCAACUGCUGUGAAGAAAGGAGGACUUUCAAAUGGAGAUGUGGCUGCCUUGUACAAGUACAAGAACACCGUGAUUGAUGUCAAACUUGACACAGAGUCAAAGAUCUCCACAACCAUCACUAUUGCUGACAUAGUCCCAUCAACAAAAACAAUCGCUUCAUUCAAGAUACCAGAUACAUCUGGUGGCAAGCUGGAGGUUCAAUACUUCCAUAACCAUGCAACAUUUACAUCAGCUGUUGCUUUAAACAAGUCUCCUGUUGUUGAUGUUACGGCUACCCUUGGCACCCCAACUAUUGCCUUUGGUGUAGAAGCUGGUUAUGAUACCACUUCUGGCGACUUUACCAAGUAUACUGCUGGUGUUAAUCUUUCAAAGCCAGAGUCAUGUGCUUCUAUUAUCCUGGGUGAUAAGGGAGAUACUGUUAAGGCAUCAUAUUUGUACCAUUUUGAUCAGCUGAAGAAAAGUGCUGCAGUUGCUGAAAUCAGCAGAAGGUUUUCUACUAAUGAGAAUACUUUCACAGUUGGAGGAUCAUAUGCAAUUGAUCAUUUGACACUUGUCAAGGCAAAACUCAACAACCAUGGGAAACUUGGCACUGUUUUCCAGCACCAGGUCAUUCCUAAAUCAGUGCUCACUGUCGCCAGUGAAUUUGACACCCUGGCCUUGGAUAAAACUCCAAGGUUUGGCUUGGGACUUGCUCUUAAGCUUUGAUAGCCUGAUGCUUUCUUCAGGAAAACGUUUUGCAAUCCAUCUCCUCCCUUUCCCCGUCCCCAUGGGCCUCUGUUCAUUGGAGCUAUUAAUAAGUAGUUAUACAGAUAUAUUCAUUUGUUGGUUCCCUCUGGUUGAGGUUUUGUUGCUAUAAUACAUUGUUGUUGAUACUUGUCUAUAGAUUCGGUUCUGUCCGAUCUACAAGGAGGCAUUGUAAUUUGCCAAGAUAUCUCCUGGUGGCAUUUUUUUAGUUGGAAGAAGCUUUAAUUGUUGAUACUGGUCUUUUUGAAAUUUUGAAUGCAGACAUGAAAUGGAAUAGGUUGUUGGCCUGACUAAAA